UGGACGAAAAGACAUGUGUCAAAUUAAAUAAAUUUUUCGCAUCAUUUCUUCAAUAUUGUAGCUGAGGAAUUGCCAUAAUGAAGGAAAAUUAAGUGCACUUACUAAAUUACAUGAGCGAUCAAUUGUUACAGCUGGUGCAGACACUGAAAAGAUGAAGAGAUCGCGACUUACGAUACAAGUAUUCUACUUCAUUUAUCUCUUUCAUAUUCAGUUAACGGUUUUUACUCCAAGAUGCAUCCAUAUUCUAUCACUUAGGUGCACUGAAAAUAGCCUGGGUCACGAGUUCACCGAAUGAUAUAAUUGAAGGCAAACCAAGGGAUUUGCAAUGCUUUUUCUCGGGAAUGCCACUCCCACACGAGGUCCAUUGGUACAAGGAUGGAGAACUAAUCACAAACGAAACAGAAGGUAUUUAUCACUCAGAGGACGAGAAAGAGAAGAACGGCGAAAAAACUCUCCGAAGCACACUUCAUCUUCCGCCGGGACGUGAGGAGCAGGAAGGAUUUUACAAGUGCAGUGCAAGAAACAGUAUUCCGAGCAGCGCGUCCUUUGAGAUACAGAUGAUAUAUGAAUGUCCAUUAGCAAAAGGCCCAACCAAUCACUCAUCGGAGAUUCGUGCGCACAAAUCUUCUAACGUCAGCUUGUCAUGCUGGAUUGACUAUGAUGACUAUUGUCCAGAAGAACUGCUUUGGAAGUUAAACGACGAACCAGAACCCCUGCCCGAAAGCGGUAAAAAGUAUAAAGUGGAACUAAAAGACACGCACACCAAAUGCCAGAAAGAAUUCAUCCUCUCCAUUUUUGACGUUACGGAAAGUGACGAGGGAACAUACAGUUGCCGCUGGCUCUGCGAGUACGAAAACACCACAAAAGCUGCCAUUGAUUUGAAAGUAGUCGAUGACCUGCAGACAGGAGUUAUAGGCAGGUUUUAAAGUAUCUUGGAUUAUGCAUUGAAGAUGAUGACCAGGGCCAGGAUGCGUUCUGGAAGCAGCGUGGAUUAGCUAAUAUAGUGGACUAAAGUUACAAUAUUAUCAAGUAAUCUGUGUGGAGUUUUAUCGUUUUCUUUUUUGUUUUUGUUUUUUCGUCAUGGCAUUUUUAAAGUUUAGACAAAGUCAAACCGUAAUUUAGAAUUAUCAGUGAAAUAAGCUUUGAAACAACAGAAGUAAGAACCUUGGUUAACAAUAUGAAUCAUGGAAUUAGGUUAAUCGGCUUUUGAGCUUUUCCCCACACUUGAAAAGGACUCUGUAGAUGGAAUCUAUAAAAUCAAUCAGCAAUAGUGUGCAACGUGAAGCUUUAAAAUGUUUUAGUUCUUAUUCAUAAUUAAGCAAAAGAGGACUUUUUACGUGUUUAUACAGCUUCAUCCAAACACGAGGGCACACAGUCGAGGGUUUGCAUAACUUUCGAGAAUUCUCCCAAACCCCCGAGUGUUUAGAUGCGGCUAUGUAAACACGGA